CAUCCAACAGCUUGAGUUCCCUCAGGAGGUUCACUAACACCCUGAACGCCCUAUACAGGCUUGGUACUCCCAGACCAGCAUCCCAGCUCCACAGAUGAAACAAACUCCUCCUCAUCUUCUGAGAGGAGUGUCUGGACAAGGACAAUGAUGUCAGUAUGCCAGGACAUAAGAAUAAUGUUUUCUGUGGAGUUAUUUAUUGUAGUAACAGGCCCUGGCAACAGUUAGAUUCCAUGGUGAUAACAAACCACCAGGCUCUCAAGGAAGAGAAUUGGGCAUUCCUACUCCCUGAACUUUCAAGAAGGAGCAGAUGGUCCCAGUUUCACCAUGGGAUACAAUAUUUCUAUCCAGGCUGCAGUGGCACAGCUGCCUUCUGAGGGGCUACAGAAUAACCAGGGAGUCAAAGGAAGAGGCAAUUCCAUAAGCACAGACACGGUGCUCACCAAUGAGUUCAUCAGUAAAUCAUCACUCUUAGAGGAAACAGAGAGGCAAAAAUCUAUUCUUGAGAAGCUGAGGAUGCAGGGAAUAAUCAAGAGUCAAAGUACCACUGCCAGAACUGUAGAAGCAUAUGAGAACAAGAGAGAUGCCCUGGGAAAGACAGUGCAGAAACCCCCAGUCAGGCUGGAUAAAAAUCAGUUUGGAAAUGAGGAAGUGGGUGAUUUUACAGUGAAGGACAUGAAGCCUUCUGCUGAAGCAAAGAAAUAGGUUAGGGAAGAGGAACUAAACAAAACGCCACAACACAGCACAUCACUUUUUCCCCCAGAAACUGCUCACCAAACCACAGGGAAACACACUGAAAAAGACUGCCCAGGUUUUGAAAGUCAAGAAGGUACAGACACCCCUCAGCCCUCACCUUUAGAUGCUGAGCCAGGGCUGCUGCUGAAGGAAAUAACUGCAGUAGACACCACAAACAAUUAUACUGAGGAGGACACUGUCACUGAGUCCAUAACUUACAGCUGCAUCAGUGAAUCAAUCUGGGUCUGUCUUGCAAAUAUGAAGAGCUCCUCUUGCAAAUGUCCUCCUCCCUGCAAAUGUCUUUUUUGA